AUGUCCAUGCACAUUUUCGGUCACGAGGCAACUGAGGAGAAAGCUGAAAAUGCCCGUCUAUCCUCUUUCGUUGGCGCCCUCGCACUCGGUGACCUCGUGAAAUCAACGCUUGGACCAAAGGGCAUGAACAAGAUUCUGCAAUCGGCAUCCUCAGGAGAUAUCAAUGUGACCAAUGACGGUGCAACGAUUCUCAAGUCCAUCCAGCUCGACAAUGCAGCAGCCAAGAUCCUCGUCAACAUCUCAAAAGUCCAAGACGAUGAAGUCGGAGAUGGAACGACGACCGUUUGUGUGUUGGCAGCAGAGCUGCUGAGGGAAGCAGAGAGAUUGAUUGCGAUGAAGAUACAUCCUCAGACGAUUGUGGAGGGGUACCGGGUCGCGAGCAUCGCUGCGCUUGCAGCAUUGGAGAACUGCAGCAGUCGAUCACGCGUGGGUCUUCGCGUUUUUCGCGUCUCUUUGAAAUAUCUUACGGAGACUACGUGGUUUGUGCCCCCAAACAGCUCCGAUCCUGCUCAGUUCCGUCAGGAUCUUGUCAACAUUGCUCGUACGACCCUGUCAUCAAAAGUCUUAUCGCAAGACAAAAAUUAUUUCGCAAACCUAGCUGUAGAUGCUGUACUUCGAUUGAAGGGAUCAACGGAUUUAGAACACAUCCAGAUUAUCAAAAAGGUCGGAGGCAAACUCACAGACUCAUACCUUGACGAAGGUUUCAUUCUCGACAAAACCAUCGCUGUCAACUCACCCAAACGGAUGGAGAACGCGAAAAUCCUAAUCGCAAACACCUCGAUGGACACUGAUAAGAUCAAGAUCUUCGGAGCCAGAGUAAAAGUAGACUCGACAGGAAAACUUGCUGAGCUCGAGCGGGCUGAACGGGAAAAGAUGAAAGCCAAAGUCGAUGCGAUCGCCGCACAUGGCAUCAACUGCUUCGUCAACCGACAGCUCAUCUACAACUACCCCGAGUCUCUCUUGGCAGAGAAAGGUAUCAUGGUGAUUGAGCACGCCGAUUUUGAGGGUGUUGAGCGGCUAUCACUCGUCACCGGUGGGGAGAUUGCAAGCACGUUCGACAGACCAGAUCUGGUAAAGCUUGGGAAGUGCGACUUAAUUGAGGAAAUCAUUAUUGGCGAAGACAAGCUCAUAAAAUUCUCUGGUGUUGCUGCGGGCGAAGCCUGCACUGUUGUUCUGCGUGGUUCAACCAAUCAGAUGGUUGACGAGGCUGAGCGCUCAUUACACGAUGCGCUUUCUGUCUUAUCACAGACAGUCAAAGAGACACGGAUUGUCUUGGGCGGUGGAUGUUCCGAGAUGCUAAUGAGCUGCGCCGUGGAGGAAGCCGCGCGGAAGGUCAAGGGCAAGAAGGCGAUAGCUGCGGAGUCAUUUAGCCGUGCGCUGAGACAAAUACCGACGAUCCUCGCAGACAACGCUGGCUAUGACUCGAGCGAUCUCGUUGCCAAGUUGAGAGCAGCACAUUAUGAGGGGCAGUCGGAUGCCGGACUCGAUAUGAACCAGGGCACCAUUGGCUCGAUGAGACAACUUGGUGUUACUGAGAGUUAUAAACUGAAGCGGCAGGUUGUGCUCAGUGCAAGCGAAGCAGCGGAGAUGAUAAUACGGGUGGAUGACAUUCUACGUGCUACGCCUCGGAGGCGUGAGGCGGUAUAA